AGAUGAGAUAGUCAUAGGAACGAGUUUUACGGAAAGUUAUAGCACGGAUGAUGAAGAUAUUCGUAGUUCUACUGUUUUAUUUCAACUUCCUCGUGAUAUCUUCGUCUUCCUCGAACAUCAUUCACGAGGAUGUUUCCUUCAGAAGUAACAGAGUCAUACAACAACUUGUACCUCCGCGACAAGAAGUCUCGAAAGUCGAGGAACAAGAUGGAGGAAGGACAAGGACAAAGACAGCACCAAGAACAACAACCUUCUCCUAUAGGAAAGAAGAUGGUCUCUCUCCCUAUACUAGGAAAGAAUCUUACAGUGACGCUCAGCCUAGUGGUCUGGGUCCUCUCUUCGUUGAUCACUCUCGUCCCUCUAGGGAUAGAAGGCUAUUCCAUUCCCAUUCUUCCCAUUCUCAUCCAUCUCGUCAUGGUCUUAUCCGCAGUAGACGUCGGGGAUUCCGGAUCGCUGUUCCGAACUCGUUUGGCCAAGUAGAUGAGAACGGCGAGCUCUCAUUCUCAUUCCUUGCUUAUCCGCCACCUGGCGCGCCACCUCCGAGACUGUGGAGUCUUACUUUACGAUUUGGUAGGUUGUAUUCUGGCACGAAUUAGUAUCUAUAAUGCAGCGAUCUUUUCAUCAUUUAUAUGACGCCUUCAAGAAGUAAACUUCAGUUCAUUCAGGGAGCACUAACAUGUAACGCUAACAAACUUACACCAUUUUUUUACAUGAUGAGCGUGAGAACAUCUGUUUCUAAUUCUAGCAGGCCUAAAAUCUCGCCCAGUUCCCGACGCAGCGAAACAAAUUCUGCACUCGAACAUCGGAAAAGACGAUUUCCGGUCUCCCGACAAAGUGCCUAUAUUAAGGCUCAGCUUUCAGUGGUCAUUGGGGUUGGUCACUGAGAUCGAAGAGGCGACCCCUUGAGAGAACAGGGGGAAACGAAGGGAAAGGGGAGAGCUUUGAAGGGGAUCGCUUCCGUUCAGAGUCAAUGGCCACUGAAUGCUGAGCCUUAACUAUAGUGAUAACCAAUUUCAAUCUGCUGUAUUUCCUGCGUCUCAAACUCCAGAACCUAUACAAGUACGGUUUCAGGAACAUACACAUCAUCGACAACAACUCGAGCUAUGCUCCUUUGCUUCGAUUCUACUUUGAGGGUCACAUCAAUGAUCAUCUUCUAGAACAAGAUCAUUCUUUCCACAUGUACCGUCUUUCGAAGAACCAUGGGUGUUAUGCGCUUUGGAAAGUGCCAUGGCUGAUCUAUGCUCUGGAUAUACCUGGGAAGCGGUUUGUUGUCACGGACCCUGACGUAAUCUUCCCAGCCACAAGUCAGUGGUUGCAAGUUUUUAAUGCGUUAUUGGAUCAUUAUCCUAGGAUUUUGAAGGCUGGGCCUGCGUUACGGAUUGAUGAUUUGGGAGAAAGGGGGCUUGAACUUGUUGAUACUCCUAGGAGGCUCACGAGGAGGAAGAGAAGCAGUUGCAGGAGGACGAGGGCCAAGAGAAAGAAGUGGACGAUGAUUAAACACGCAGAAGAAACAGGAGGUCCUAGACGUGGAAGUCGAAGUAGUGCUCGUGGUGAAGGUGAAUGUCGAAGUCUUGACGAACAAGGUGAAUUUCAAUUUUCUUCCAGUUCAUCUUGCAGGCCAAGACCACGAGGUGGAGAUGCCCAUCAACAAGCCUCAUUAGUAAAACGGAAAUGGGAUGUCGCGAAAGAAUCAAAACGACGAGACUUGCUGCAACUCACUCUCGCGUCUCAACACAACUUUUGGAAGAAUAGAGUUAGUACAGCAUCUCUGUUUGGACAACUCUUAAAUUCUUCUAGCAUGACCUCGUGGACAGAACCUACGAUUCAUUGGACAGAUAGGGUAGAGGAAGAAUGGGAUUCGAAGAUGUUUUAUAAUGAUAGCAGUGCAAGUUCAAGUACAACUCCUUCUUCAUCUUCGGGGGAAGCAGCUAGUUCUAGUUCUACUAGCUCUAGGGCAAGAACGAGUAGUAGAAUCACUCCCGAGAAGAAAGCAUCCUUACUGGACGAGGCAAAAGAGUGGGUGUCUCGGGAAAGCGGACCUACACCUUGGGAGUCUAAGUUUAGGAGUUCCUUUUGGAAAGCGAAUGUGGACUAUCACGACUAUGUUGAGCACAAGGACUACCACAACGCCAGGAACUCAACGUCUCGUCCACGUCUGGAUGAAGAUCUUCAUGAGGUUUUUGCAGCCCGCAUCGAUGCAGCAGGCAGUCUGUUUCGAGAGGUGUGUUUCGAAAACAAUCCAGUCUGCGUGAGGGGUGUGAAAUAUGGAUUACGCGUGGCUCGCUUUGGAGGUAUCGAUUAUCAAGCGCGACAUCUACCUUGGUACAUCGAUUGGGAUAGAGAAGAUGAGACCCAGAUGAUAGUUCCUCCUGACUAUCAAGUGAUGCUGCGAGACAAGAUUUCUUUCAAGAAGGGAGGCGGAAAAUACUCGGACGCUUAUAGAUAGCAAUAGAAGCAUGUCAAUCAAUCUAGUUGUGCUUCUUACUAGUUCAAGCUCUUUUUCUGUUCUUUCACUCAAUAUGUUGGUUCAUUGCUUUAUUUGUCCUCAGUGUUUUACUCAUCUAGUAAUUCCGUGCAGGAUUAUUCUUUUGCUAGUAAUAGUAUAAUUAGUAACUAAAAUAAAAUCAAAAUGUUUGUUGGAAUAGUAUUCCAAUUUUUCAGUUUCAUUUGCACAAGAACAGGCGAGAAUAACAUGCAAUUGCAAGAACAAGUCGAAGUAGGUCCGUCAGGCUGAGAAGAUAGUAUUCAACCAGGCUUCGAUACGCACGCACAGAGACAAACGAGCUUGCGAAAAUCAUACGACGACAUUCCUUUUUCCCAUGAUGCAUAGAUAUGACGA